AUGGAUCCACCAGCGUGUGUGCAAAAUGCUAUGAUGACCAAGGACAAAAAACCCUUCACCUAUACACCAGGAGGAAUUGAUUUAUCUGAAGCUAGAUCACCUCGUCUUCAAAGAAGAAUAGAACGAAACGCAAAUCUAGGUGGCGCUGGAGACACUCCGCAUCAUCCAUCACCCCAUGUCCCAAUUACAGGUCCUCUACCCCCUUCAGCUCUAGCCGCUAUGCGUCCACAAACCCAAGUACAAGUCUUUCCUUCAGGUCCCGCACCGCCAGCCCCAGUUAGGGGUGGCGCACCUCCCCCACCACCUCCACCAAAACAAGGUAUUCCCCCACCACCUCCACCACCAAAUUGUCCUUUGCCAACUCAAAAAGUUUGCACGUCCGAUAACCUAGUUCUGGAGAGGCCUGACAUGACGAAAAUUAUCCCUGAGAAUCCCAUGGCAAUGCUAAGGAAAACAAGCGGUCCGCAACCAAGAAAAAGUUUAGUUGAUCAGAUGUUUGAAGAAGCCGGUAAAGGUGUUCCAGAACCUAAGUCGCCACCUUAUCAGCAACCGCAGCAGAAUUUCCAACCUCCUUCUCCUCCACAAAGAACUCAACCCGUUACAACUGAAAGAGGAGCGCCUAUCUCGCCUGUACCACAACAAACUUACAAACCACAACAACAGUACCAACAACCAUUACCACCACAACAACAGCAAUAUCAACCUCCCGCUCAGCAACAAAAUAGGCAACAACAACAACACUCUCAACCAGCACAGCCAGCUUAUCCGGAACCUGCGAGAGAGCAACCUAGGUAUCAGCCUCCAGUAAAAGAGAGACAGCCUCAAAGUCAAAACACCCAACCAGAGUUAAAAACAAGCACUGCGCAUUUAGGAUCAUUGUAUAUACCACCUGUUAAUCAACAGAAUCAGAGAAAAGUUGUUUCUCCUCCUUCUCCCCCUGAGAGGAACUUAGAUUCUCCUGGCGUUCAGACACCUCCUCUAAGAGAGGCUCCUAAACCUUGGCAGACGAAGAAGCCUCAAGAGGAAGUGCCUGCUUGGGCUAAGAGAGACAAUCAAAUAUCCAAUACUGUUGAAGAAGUUAGGAAGCCGUCUCCUCCUGCAGCUCAGCCACAACAGAGGUGGCCACAAGGUAAUCAAAACGAUAAGCCGUCAUAUAAUCAACCUCAGUACAAUCAAUCUCAACCUCAGUACCAACCACAGCCCCAAUAUAAACAACAGCAGCAAUAUCAACAGCAACCACAAUACAGACAAGAUCAACAACCAAUUGGAGUCCGAAUAGAAAUACGUACAAACCCACAACAAUAUCAAAUUGAAAGCGAAGGUUCCAAGCCAAAUGCGGUUUAUGUAACUCAGCCUUUAGUGAUGCAACAUCCUGGACCUCAGCCACAAGGAGUUGGAAGCAAAGGACCUAGGGUUGUUCCUAUACAAAUUGAAACACCUAGAUCACCUGCUGGAAAUGACAGAGUACUGAAUCGUCAGCAGAGUUGGGGAAACAACCCGUCACAGUCAAAUUCUUUCAAAAUUAUUCAAAAAAUUGUUUCAGAUGACGACGAAUAUGAAAAUAUUCCAAUAACUGAACAUUCUCCCAAGUUUCCUCAAAACUUCCAACAAGUGUCUCGUGGUUCUCAGCCUCCUGCCCAAAAAGGACCUCAAGUUAGGACUAUUCCAAUUCAAAUAGAAGGUGAUGAUACACCCAAGCCAUACGUGCAUCCUAGUGAACAAGUAGUACCAGAACCAAAGAAAUAUACGGGAAGUUCAAUCCCUAGCAGAUCAUUUAAGAUUUUGCAAGCGAUGACUGCUCCAGAUAAUAAUUGUGCCAAUGUUGACGAUCAAAACGAAGAAUUCCCAUCCGAUGAAUGGGCUUACCCUCCAUAUUACCCUCCUUACCCUUACCCACCUUACUGGUAUGAAUAUUACCAUUAUUAUUACCCCGAUUCCUACCCUGAAGAAACUACUAACAAAAAAACUACCCCUACUUCUCGCGGCGUCUCUAGAAGUACUUCGCCAGCAGCUAGCGGUAGACACACACCGCUACAUUUCUGGGGUUACCCUCCACAAUAUUGCCCAACUCCAAAUACAAGCGAAAGUGGCAGGGAGACCUCAACACCCAAAUGCUCUUGGACUAACAGUUACGAACCCUCUUAUUCAGAUAAAGAUGGCAAUGAAACAGAUGAAAGUAAUGUACAAUCAGAUUAUUUACCUUACUACGAUCCAUACUAUUAUCACUACUACUAUGGAUAUCCACCUCCUAUGUACCCAAGAUAUCCGUAUUUUCCAAGUGAUAAUGAAAGUUCAGCGGCGAAUAGUCAUUUGAAUCUAGAUGAAAAAAGCAAAAUAAAUAAAAAAGUACUUGAGCCACAUCCGAAAAGAGUUAACAGACAGGCACCAGAACCAGUAUCAAAGGGAAUAAUAACACCAACAUUGAAUAUAAGAGAAAUCAUUAUAACCCCACCUAAAGAAGAAAAAAUAGAAAGCUCUGACUGUGAAACAGAUACAGAAACAGAUGAUGAAUAUACUCAUCAUUUACAAAUCAAUCCUCUAAAAUCAAUGAAAUCUAUUGCAAACAUUACCACAUAUAGCAGUGAUGAAGAUGCAUCUAAAGAAGAAGGAAUAGUUGAAGAAUAUUCAGACGAAUCCAAUGAAGAUAUAGAUGAUGUAAGUUCCAUGGAUUAUGAAGAUGACCAAUAUCCACAUCAACUCAGCGUAAUUAUGGAAGAAAGUGAAAGAACGGAUUCAAGGUUAAGAACUGUGAGUGUUUUAAGUGACUCUACAACGCUUGCAGAAAAAAGCGAUCCUGAAGAAGAUGAAGAAGAAGAAGAAGAAGAAGAAGAUGUAAGCCUGGUUGAAUAUAAAAAUCAGGAUGAAGAAUUGCCAGCUGAUAUUAGGGACAAAAGUCCCACAAAAUUAACAGAUGAUAAGUUACUUCCAGAAUAUGAAGAUGCAAAACCUAUCCAAACAUUUGAAUCUAGAGAAAAUGUUCACGAAGAUGAUGAUAAAAAGAGCGACGAAAGUGAAGACUGGUGGGGCAUUAUAGGCAAAGAUGACGAUGAUUUGCCUAAACACAGAAAAACACCUGAAGUAGAAGACAUAAAUUCAGAAAUGAUUGAUAACGAUGAUAGUAUUAGUACAAUUAUUUAUAACGAAGAAGAAACUAUACAAAUUGAAAAUACUGAAACAGAGGAACUGCAAUGUGACACUGAAAAUACUAAAGAAGAAAUUAAAAGCAAUGAUAUAUCCAAUGAAACAUUUCAAAGUAAAAAUAAUUCUGCACUAUCUUGCACUCCAGAAACAGAAGAAAUAUGCGAAUAUAAGGUAGUAUUAAGAAGAAAAAAGAAAACAGAUUCCGUUGAAGAUGAAUCUAAACCCAGGCCAAGAAGUAUAUACGAUUCGUUAGAAGAUAUUAAAACAGAAUCAACGGGAAGUUUAGUUAAAGUAGACAACUUUGUAGGUAUUCUGGAACAAAUUCAAAAAGAUUUUGGCAGUUUUUUAAAUUCUCAAGCUGAAUCGGAUGGUGAUAAAGAAUAUAAAAUAAAAAAUUGCAAUUUUAAUCGACCAGUAUCUAUGUAUGAAAUGAGUGAAUCUACUGAAGAUAAACAUGUUGAUGCCAAAGAAAAAAGGUUCUCAUACAGUUCGUUUGAAGAAUUUACGGCAAAGCAAGAAGCAAUAUUUGAAGAAAAUACUAGUAGUUCUGAUGACGAUAAACCAAAUGAAGUUUGUGAAAACUACAAUACAAAACAAAACAAUUCAACCAUAAUUAACGCUGUGAAUGGUUCUGCUAAUUAUAACAAAUAUAAUUCCAGUUUGAGCGCAACUCCAGUGUUUAAAGAUGUAAAUCUAACAAUAGCCAUAGAUAAUAAUAAGUAUGAUAAAAAAUCUUCUUCUAAUGAUUCUUCAAAUAGAUCAGAAAUUGAAGAAUCUAGCGAAGAAACGGACGCUUCUUGCUCUGAAAAGGACGACAAAGAACAUUCUAAUAACAACUAUGUACAACUAAGCGAUGAAUCUGAUAUCAAAGUGCCUACCAUUAAAGACAGAAUACAAAAAUUGCGAGAAAGUAUUAGUUCCAAACGAAAUAAACAAUAUGAACAGGACGGGAAAAUGUCAACCAAAGACAAAAUUUCUAUUAACGAAUCCAGAAGUAAACCUACUUCAUCAAAAAGCAGUCUUAAAUCGUUUGAAGAGAGCGAAGAGGAAGAAGUAGAUUCGGGUGUUACAUCAGACAUGAGUAGACAUAUUUCAGAUACAGAAGAGUUUCCUGAACUAAGAAAAUUAACUAAAUACCAACGCGCCGCUACUCAUUCCAGAUUGUUUAAACUUUUACAGGAACAAUGCGACGAAGAAAGUGAUGAAAACGAACAGGCGUCUCAAAGACAAAAUUUAACAUUACAUUUAAAUGAAAAUAACGAUUUUAAGGAACCAGUAAAUGAUGUAUUAGUUAACGAGUUGAUUGAUAGUUUGUUAAAACUAAAAAAAGGACAAGCCUUCAAAAAUUUACCCAAGGAAAAAUUGUACGCGGCUGCUGUACAGAUUUUACAAGAAGACAUGGAGAUAAAUGAUACACCUUCCGAUGAUUUCAGUAGCUUUUUGUCACCGAUGAGAUCUAGUACCGGUUAUUCUACUGCUGUCCAGACGCCUCAAGAAUUCGGUAACAGUUUCGACGAUUACAAACAAUAUUACGAAUCGUGGAAUAGAAAUGAAGAAAAUUACGAUAUAUUUCCUUCGAAAGCAUUUAAAGGACUGCAAUCAGGUGUUUUAGGACCGUUAGGUAAAUGCCCAAGAGUGUUGUCAUCGAAAAACAUUCAUAAAAAGCUGAUAAAACUACUAGAGACCUCGGAAAAUCCUUCUCCUAUUCCCGAUAAACCUCCCUUAGAAACGAACGAAGUUACGAGUGCCUCUUGA